AUGCUACAGCUACCACAGCCCCAGUCCCUACAGCAGAAGUUGGUACUUCUCAGGAGGAUGACCAGGUGUUUGAACCAGCUGAUACCUUGCCCUCCCGGAGCGAGGCAGCCGCAGUGCAGCCUGUCAUCGGGAUCAGUCAGAGAGUGCAGAUGAACUCCAAAGAAAAGAAGGACUUAGGGACACUAGGGUAUGUGCUGGGACUCAUCAUGAUGGUGAUUAUCAUUGCCAUGGGAGCUGGUGUUGUCCUGGGAUACGUCUAUAAGAGGGGGAAAGACCUGAAGGAGAAGCACGAACAGAAAGUUUAUGAGCGUGAAAUGCAGCGCAUCACACUGCCACUGUCAGCCUUCACCAAUCCUGCCUGUGAGCUUGUGGAUGAGAACACCAUCGUGGUGCACACCAACCAGACACCUGUGGAGGACACGCGCGACGGCAGUGGCCCCCUCAUGGGGCAGGCGGGUACUCCUGGUGCCUGAGCAGCUCGGGCAGGGGUGAUACAGGCUGAGCAAAGCCUCCAGCUUCCCACUGUGAGUGCAGGGGUUGUGUGUGUUCGUUUCUAUUUUGUUUUCUUUUUGAUGAAAGCCGGAUGAAGGUGAUGCAGAGGAACAGGACAAUGGGCUAUUCAUCACUCUGUUUGAGGGGCACCAUUCAGUGCAUGACCAGCUGGGGACUGGUGUGGUGGACCCUGCUGCUUCUUCCCACCUAUCUCCGUGGUGUGCCAAGGAGCUGGGGGGGAUGAUGGGCCAGGCUCACAUCUGGCCACAGGUCUCAUAGCCUGGAGUGUGGUCUUGGCUUCCUCUUUUUCUGUUCCUUUCCUAUUUAACGGUGUGCACUGUUACUUAAGUUUCAGCCUGGAACCCCAGGAGGGAGCAGUACUGCAGGGACUGAGGGGAGCUUCAUGACAGACUUAGCUAGAUAAUUACACUCUGAUUGUAGUUCCUGCCUUUUUGCUUUAGUGACUGAGAGCUGGAAACACUGUCUAUAACCCUGCUACU